AUGGACCUGUUUCUGGACAGACUCAUCACCCACACUGGUCAUGACUGGGUAGCCCAAUGCGUCACACUCUACGCAGACGAUAUACAUGUAGGCUGCAGCUUUGAAUCAGAAGGAGCCCUCCGAACGGCAGUCACCAACAUGGGACACCUUCUGGACAUUUUGGAGGACCUGUGCAUGACGAUCUCCUGCGAAAAGUCUUUUCUCUUGCUGACAGUUGCUGGGACAAACCCACGCUUGUACAUGAAACCAUACAUCAGACGUGGAUCACAUGGCACAACAUUUGAGAUCCCUCGAAGUACCGGCCAAACAACCUCAAUACCGAUGAAAUCUUCUGGAAGGUACCUAGGAGCUAUCAUGAGCUAUCGCAUGAUGGAGGAAUUGACAUGGAAACAUCGCUGCAAAUCAGCCUGGCUGGCGUUCAACCGACUGAAGAAAUGGCUCCAGAGCCGUCAGCUUUCUGUCCGAUAUAAAAUGCAUCUGUGGCAAAGCUGCGUGCACACGAUCCUCACCUAUGGGAUCUUGGAUAUGAACAGCACAGUCAAGACGUUGCAUCAAUAUCAGCAGACAGUAUACACAAUGAUUCGGAUGGUGAUAGGUGACCACUCAUACAGGACACAUCACACCCACCAGCAGGCUUUUCAGGCACACCACAUUGAACUCCCGCUGCCGAUGUUGGGACGGUUAGCCAUGAACAUGCUACGACGCCUGAACAGGCGGGAAGACACCAUUGCAUCCGAUGACAUUGUCCUCACGAUCCCAUGGACACAUUUGACCGAAACUCUUCGACUCAUUGAUGCCAUUCACGACACCAGUGCGCAGGUACCCAUAGCGGUGGACCAACAUCAGCCAGUCUCCACUCAGGCUCAACAAUGUCCAUGUUGCCCUUUUGUCACGGACUCGAUCCCCAACCUACGUAGACAUCUGACGGUCACCACCGCCCAGCCACGUCACUGGUGGCCGACCGCAAUGGACAGGGUUGACAUUGAAGAUCGGGAACCGUACAUCACCUUGUAUCCUCUGCGGCCAAGACUUCCGACGGGUCCACAGCUGCCCUGUGGCCUUGACAGUGAUGGCUGCAUGCACUGCGGCGAAAUAUUUAUGUCGCGCUCUGGCUUGCGGCGCCACAUCACGGAGGGUCGAUGCAUGUCCUUCGACCCCCUGACGAGCCCCCAGCCUCUGAAUGCAGCUGAUCGCUGGUCCUCAUUGCAUGCUGCUGGACAGUUCACAGCUCCGGUCCUUACAGCAAUACACCGCAUCAAGUUGACUCUGACAUGCCAAUUCUGCGGGACGCGAUACCAGCGCCAGGGAGACCUUGUGGCUCAUCUCCUACAGUCACACCCGGCACUCUGGAACAAUUCACAAGAAACAUUGAGAUUUCUUUUGCAGACGGUCAUUGCUCACACUGGAUGCCUUUGCAACCCACAGGUACACCAGACAAAUCGCACCCACGUGUGCACAGUGGUGCGUCAACUUGCCAUGGCCUUUCACCAAAGUGAACUGGAGGUAUUGGUACCCACGGUGUACAGUCCUCAGCUCCUGGAUGCAAUGUUGGUCAAUCUUGGCAACACUGAACAAAUCCAACGCCUGAGAGUCUUGCUACAUGACCGCCAAUUCUCAAGCUUGUGGCAGGACCUGGAUGUGCUGAUUCUACUCAGAUCGCGCUCGUGCUGUUGCCAAUCCAUGGACUACGGGGCGUGGGACUCCCACGACCAAGCGCUGAUGGACAGCCUGCAAGCGCUGGCACCAAUGUUCCUGGGCACACGCAAACAGGAGCUCGCAAACGACGACAGGACAACCAAACGCCACAAGGGGCCCAAACAAGAGGAGCACGGAGAUCAACGACAAGUACAGGUGUUGACACAGGUCGUCACGAAGAUGGCACAACUGCUCUUGAACCACGAGCGCAGCCUUCAGACCUUGCAUCAUCAGGACUCCUACGUUAUCUUUGCCCGCACCCAUCCAAUCGGAAUGAUGCCCAUCAUGGCCACACUGGCCCAGGAAUGGAAGACGAAAGCGCCACAGAACCAGGAGAACCCCCAAUGGUUGACGUUACGCAGCCAUCUCCUCCGAGGUCUCCUUCAAGAAUUGCUGACCAGAGUGGUGCAACUACAAGAGAGCCAGCCAGGACAGCAACUAUGGGACACCGCGGUGGCGAAGCAGACCAUCUUGCAGGACGGGUCAUGGGUUUACAUGAAGUGGUCGCCAUCGGACCAACAACUCAUUCCCACCAAGCGGACACCCAUCCCGAUGGGUCAAAUGGUGAAGCUCCUGAAAGUCCUGAUCGCAGCACUCCAGGACAACAUGCACGUCCUACGUUUUCAGAGCCUCAGGACGCAACAAGAAGUCACCUUGCGGGACUCCGAACUGUGGGCCACAUUCAACGAGCUGACGGGGAACUCAGUGUGGGGCCUCAUGGCCAUGUCGUUGAAGAGGCACCAACAGGUGUACUCCAAGCCAGCUCAGCAGCUGGCCGACCUCCUGGGCAAGGGCAAAGGACGCGGCAAGGGGAAACAGGUGCUGACAAUGCUAGCGCUCCAGAACCCAGGAUCACUAUGCUACGCCAAUAGUGCGACACUGUGCUAUUGGUGGUCCUGCCUGUCCAGGGUCAAUUUCCAAUAUCAAGAUUGGGGCUCUCAGUCAGCAACCUUUUUGAAUUUACUGCAGCGUGACAACAAUAUCAUGAUCUCCUUGGAUGAAUAUGAAUGGUUCAACCAACUCAUUGCUUCCUGGCAAGAUCCUGAUUCUCAAGCAGAUAGUGCAGAAUUCACACAUCGGUUGCUGACCUGGGUGGGGACACCCAUUGUAUCAAAUCGAUGGGAACGCAGAGUUCACACCAGUGAAAGAACAGAGCUACAUGAUAGCGGCGACACAUACAUGCCCAUCACACUGCAAUUGGACAUGGACAUGAUCGCAGACAAUGAAGUCAGCUUGGAAUCACUGGUGAGGCUGUGGCAUGGAGAACUUGGCAUGAGUGCGGGCCUUACUGACCCUUCUGAUCUAGUUGUGUUGCACAUUGACCGACUGUUUCACAACGAUACUGGCCGCUUGCAAAAGCUCCAUACAGUGAUCCGUUUCUGCUGGUUGGUACAGAUCCCCAUCCUCCAACAUGACAUGCCAGUGCGUUGGGAACCGUACCAACUAGUAGCUGCCUUUGCACACAUUGGAGAAGCCCAAGGUGGCCACUAUCAGGCUCUGCUCAAGACUUUCCCGGAGACCACUGACUUGGCAAACCCAACGAUGUGGCUAUUCUGUGAUGAUGGAAGGGAACCCCAACCACGUUGGACCAUCCCACCGCAGUUUGAGGAGGGAGUCACCUGUUUCUGGCUCUGCAGAUGCAAUCAAGUUGAACUGCACCGCUUGCCCAGUCAGGUUCCAGUCCGACAGACAACCACAGAUGAGGCACUGAUUGCCCUGCUGGCAGACCCGCAAACUAGCAGGAAUGGCCAGGACAUCCUGUUGGCCUUUGCACCCAGCUGCCCAAGCUGGCUUAUCCCCGGUAUCCCAUUCCGACAGCAGAUGAAACAGACUACUCUGUUGGAUUUUACAGGCUUCACCAGUGCUGGCUGUGAGGGUGAGGGUUGCCGUGGGUCCACUACCACGGCUGGAGCAGACCAAUGGCAGUCUUUGAAGGAACUCGACUCGUGGCAUCAGCUUCGACAAAGUGUCAUAGAAGCUGUGACUCCUGCCCUGACCGAGGUUGCAACGACCAGAUUGAGUAUCCUGCAGCGAUAUUUGUGCUUUUGGGUGUGGCAACAGUGGAUUUUUUGGACCCGUGACAAUCUGCUCCACCUUCGACAACAAUUGCAAUUUGCUACACACGGAACAUUGCUGGCCUUCUGCCGUGGGGCUCUUUACAAACUUCUUGGCAUUGCAUUGAUUUAUUUCACGAUUGCACAGCGUUUCAUUUGUUGGCUAUUGCACCUGCUGGCUAAUUGGGCCCUUGUGCUGCAUAAGAUCUUCUACUGGCUCUUUGACCUCGGGCCUACUUGGUGGCUUUUUGAUCGAUUACAGGUGACUCUGCCCUGCAACAGUGUGCUUCCGUCUUGGGACCAUACUCCUGGCGGCUCACCCGGUCCCAAGUCCGGGCGUUCCAGACAUUGUGGGUUUUGCAAUUUUUUCACCAUUUGUUUGCUGGCCACUUCUUUGCUACAUCAGAUGGUCUGGAACGGGGGUGAGGGUUGCAUCUCUGAACCAUGCGGGGAUGCUGAAGCAGAUUUGCAGUGGACGCACGGGUUCUACCACCAUGCUGCAAAGCUACAUGGUACGAAGCCGACGAUGUGCUACGGCACACAAGUGUGCCCUGGCGCCUAUCCCAAAACAGUCAAACGCGGCUACAUCAGAGCAAUCAAACGAGCACAGAAACUUGGCUGUACAUGGUACAAAGGACGCAUGAUGCAAUUGGAUGAGUUUCCACGUGCACUACUGGACAAGAUGGACCCGACUGGACUCCCAUUGGAAUCCAGCACACCAUCCAAACCAUUGCUCCAGCACAUGCAUGUGGCCAAACGCCGAUUGAAAAUUGUCACUUGGAAUUCUGGUGGCCUUUCUGCGGCCAGAUUUGAUGAAUUGCGGAAUUGGGGCUUACAACAACAUGCUGACAUCAUCUUGGUGCCGGAAACUAGUUGGCAGUACACCAAUGAGUGGCAAGACAGUGACUGGUGCUGCAUCCACAGUGGUGCUGCUACCAGUUUGCAAUGGGGCAUCAACAGCAUCGCAAACAAGAGCGAGAUUUCAACUGCUCUGUGGGUGCUCUCAACUCCCAUGUUGGCGCUUCCACCUUUCACUGGCGUGGAGCCCAAUGUGCAGGAACCGCCCAUUUUGCGCCUUUGCACUUCAAGUUUGGCCAAUGUUCUGAAGGCAUGGCUCCAUGUCGUGAAAUACACAGUCUUGCAGCGUCAAUCCAAGAUUCAUGCUCGAACUGUCCGGCAGGCAAUGGGAUAUCGAAGCAAUGGCAAAUGUGUUCUAGGACUUGUCACUGCUUUGGCCAAAGAUCAGACCCAUGCUGAAUUCAUCCGCUGGCCACUUUGGGCCUAUUUGGAAGUCAUUUUGUCUCAAGUUGCCCGGUGGUGCUCCAGCUUGCAAUUUUACUGCAGCCGAUCCAUGGACGCUUGGAUGGACUCCAACGACCAAGCCCUGAUGGCGGGCCUGGAGGCCUUAGGACCCCUGCUGCUGGGCCCUCGGAAGCACCCGGAAGGAGAAGACGAAGAGCAGCAACCCAAGCGCCACAAGGCCAAAGCCAAAGAAGACAAAGGUUCCGACGGACACAGCCAGGAGGCGAUCAUGUCCCUGCUGAAGCUGAUGGGCCAGCUGAUCCUCAGCCACGAAAGGAGCAUCCAACUCAACCAAAGGCAGGAUUGCUUCGUUUUGUUUUGCCAAAACAGACCCGAGGGAAUCGUCCCUCACCUGACGGCCUUGGCAACCAAGUGGCGGGAGGAGUGGCCUCAACAGAAGGACAACAUCAGAUGGCCCAACCUCAGGACGUAUCUGAUGAAGGGAGUGAUCACAGAACUGCACCGUCGAGUCCAACAAUUGGCCAAUUCCAAGCAGGGCGACCAACUGUGGGAGGUGGCACUGAGCAAAGGCACCAUCCUUCCGGACGGAGGCUGGGGAUUUCAGAAAUGGGCACCGGAGUCCAAGCAGCUAGUCAGGGCGGCUCGCAGUCCAAUAGCUAUGCCCCAAAUGCUCCGGAAUCUCCAACUUCUGGAGGAACUUCUGCAGAGCAAUGCUCACGUGGCCCGGUUCCAGAGUCUCAGGAACAGCAGUCAGGAUGCAGUACCAUGGACAAGCGCAUCAGGGGAAGAACCGCGGCCGAGGGAAGGGACCCAAAGCAGCCCAGACGUCAUAGAUGCGGCUGCGCGACAUUGCCUGAGAAAUCGAGCUCUCAGCCUAGCCAUGGACAAUCCGGGGAACACCUGCUAUGCAAAUAGCGCCUAUGUGAGUAUGAUCUGGGCAACACUGUCCAGGUCCUGGCACCACGAGCUGGGAAUGGUUGCAGGGCUCACGGACCCUGAGGACCUGCUCCUGCUGCACAUAGACAGGCUGAUCCAAUCACCGACAGGCACUCUAAGCAAAUGCCAAGCUGGCAUCAACUUUGGAUGGGAUGUUCAGGUUCCAGUCUUGACCGCCCAGGAUUGCACCUGCACAUGGAUGACAUUCACAGUCAUUGCCUGCAUUGCGCACUUAGGCACUGCCCAGAACGGCCACUAUCAGACACUUUUGCGCACAUUUCCAGAGGUUUCCAACGUGGCAGACCCAUCGAUGUGGAUGCUGUGUGAUGAUGGCCGGACUCCACACAGAACCUUAACUGUCCCGAUUCAGUUUGCACAGGGCAUUACUUGCAUGUGGCUUUGCAGAUCCGACCGUGUUGAGGUCCACAAGCUGGCUCCGGCCGUUCCCUCAAAUGAGACAUCGGAUGCAGACUUGUUGACACUGCUGGCCACGCAGCCGGAUCCAGAGCCAUAG